AUGGAUGCACAGUCAGGGCGGAAUGUGGUGCUAAUAAGAACCACCAAGUUGUCUCUCAAUGAGCGCUUUACUAGUCUGGUGGAGAACAAACAGUCCACACCAGUGACUAUUCGGUCUUCGCUGCAGCAGCAGCUGCAAGGCAGCGCCAGAAACAGAAGACUGGCCCAGCAGAUGGAGAAUAGACCCUCUGUCCAGGCAGCAUUAAAACUUAAGCAGCGCCUGGGUAACAAGAGGAACAUCCAGGCUCCCUUAGGCCUACCCAGAGGUGACCUGUCCAGGGGAGCGAUUGGAGGACGAGGCCUACCCAAAAUCCAGGGAGGCUUUCGCCGAGGACGAGGAAGUGGAAGAGGAAGAGGAAGGGGAGGACUACGUGGGGGACUUGCCACCAGAAGCCUGCCAAGGGGCGGGUUGUCAUUCCAAGGUCGAAGCCCGCUCCUCCGAGGUGAACAAGACUUUGCUGCCCCACAAAUGGACUCAAGGGGUGGUGCUGUUCCAGGUCGUGGAGGUCCUGGGAGAAGGGGCCGAGGGCGUGCAGCUAGGGGUCGUGGUGGAAUCGGUGGUAGAGGUCUGGCUGUGAUAGGUUGGGGAAGAGGGAACUUUGGAUGCCGUGGUCGAGGCAGAGGAGGUCGGGGAAGAGGGAACUUUGGAUGCCGUGGUCGAGGCAGAGGUGCCCGCACUCGCCCUGCAUUGACCAAGGAGCAGCUGGACAAAGAACUGGAUGCAUACAUGUCCAACACUAAAGCACGCCUGGAUGCUGAGUUGGAUGCCUACAUGGCAGAGGCAGAUUCUGAAACUGAAGCCUGCCUGCCUGCCUGCCUCUUAGACUCUCGGGAAAUCACCACAGCUGUGCCUAUGAAGAAAUAG